CUCAACGCUUUAUUAUUCUCCAGCCUCGUCUUUAGCCUCGCCUCCGCAACGGCCUGCAUCAUCGUCAAACAAUGGCUGAAGGAGUACAGCACCGGCCUCUACGGCACCUCGCGGGACAUCUCCCGCCGCCGACAGUAUCGUUUACAGAACCUCGAGCCGUGGCGCGUCGGGACCAUCGUCGGGCUCAUCCCCGUUCUUCUUCUCGUGGCGCUCGUGCUUUUCCUCGUUGGACUCGUCAUCCUCGUCUACAUUAUCCAUGCAUCCCUUUUUGCCGUCGUCUCAGCACUCACAGGAGUUCUCCUCGGUCUGCUCGCGGUGAGCACCAUCCUGCCGACUUUAUGCAGGACGUGCUGCUGCUACUCUCCACAGGCGCGG